AUGAACUUUACGUCAACGAUCCUCUGGUCCGAUAGCCAGGUUGUAUUGGCGUGGUUACGCAAAUCGCUUGAUUCCCUGCAAGUAUUUGUUCGACACCGAGUCGCAGAGAUCACGUCUAAUAGCCAUUUCACUUGGAAGUACGUGCGAACAGACCAGAACCCUGCAGAUACCGUAUCGCGAGGACAAUCUGCCAAUGGGUUAGUUGAAAACGAUGUUUGGUGGAAUGGACCAAACUUUUUGCGAACAGUGGACUACCAAGCAGAAACACCAGUCACUCUAGCGGAUCGUGAAAUUCCUGAGCUGAGGGUUCAAUUGAUCGCAUUAACAGUGAUGAACUACGACGAAUUCCCGUUACUGACUAAAUUCAACUCGUUCCGAAAAGUUCAACGAAUUCUGGCAUACGCACUACGCUUUGUUUCAAAUGCUAGAAAGAAGAGAGAAGACCGGUUGCUCUCGCCAUACCUCACUAUACCUGAACUUCGGACGGCUUUACAUUUGAUAGUAGGAGCUGUUCAACACCAAGAAUUUACGAAGGAAAUCGAGUGCAUCAGGUCAGGAGAGUCCAACCACUGUCUAAACAACUUGAGACCGUUUCUAGACAAGGAUCUGUUACGAGUAGGUGGUCGAAUCAGCAAUUCGCAACUACCAUUCGAGAUGAAACAUCAACUGAUAUUGCCUGACAAGAGUCCAAUCGUUCGUGGCUUAAUUGCUGACAUACAUCGAGAAAAUCUUCACACCGGAAGCAGCAGCGUCCAAUAUCUUUUGCGACAACAAUUCUGGUUGGUCAAUGCGAGAUCCACUAUCAGGAAGGUGUUAAAAGGUUGCGUUUCAUGCUUCCGAACGAAACCCACUACGAUUGAUCAACAGAUGGGAGAUUUGCCGUCGUAUCGUGUUACCCCUGCCCAAGCUUUCGAGAGAGUUGGACUUGAUUUUGCGGGUCCAAUUUUUGUGAAGCAGUCAGUACGGAAAGCCACUCCAGUGAAGGGAUACAUAUGCGUAUUUGUUUGUAUGGUGACGAAGGCCAUGCAUCUGGAAGCUGUAGAAAAUUUGUCAGCAGAUUUAUUCUUAGCUGCAUUUCAGCGAUUUGUGUCCAGACGAGGAUUUCCGAAGGAGGUGUUCAGCGAUAACGGAACCAAUUUUAUCGGUGCACAAUCAGCUCUACGAGAUUUGUAUCGACUUUUCAAGGAAGAAACAACGCAAAACAAGAUCUUCGAGUAUUGCCAAGCAAAGCAGAUUAACUGGAGAACGAUUCCACCCAGUGCACCACAUUUCGGUGGGCUUUGGGAAGCUGGAGUAAAGAGUGUGAAAACAGUGCUGAAGAAAGUGUACCAAUCAACAUCGUUGACGCUAUUCGAGCUAUCCACCCUGUUAUGCCAGAUCGAAGCUAUAUUGAACUCAAGACCGUUGUAUUUCUUAUCAAGUGACCCGAUGGAACCAGAAGUUUUGACUCCUGGUCAUUUUCUCAUUAACCGUCCACUUUUAGCUGUUCCCGAACCGUCAGUAGUUGAAAUUCCGACCAACCGCUUAUCUCACUGGCAGCGCAUUCAACAAAUUCGUGAACACUUCUGGAAGCGCUGGUCGAGAGAAUAUGUCACCGAACUGCAAGUGAGAGGGAAGUGGACCAAGCAAAAGACAAACGUUAGACCAGGAAUGAUUGUUGUGCUGAAGGAUGAUAAUCUUCCCCCUCAAUGCUGGCGACUAUGA